AUGUCCGAUACAUCCGUGAAGAGCUCCGGCAAUCGGCGACUAUCAAGCCGCCUCCAAAAACGAGCUCCGGCGUCGAUAAAAAUCUCUCCGGCGACGGACUGGAACGUCGCGAUCCCGUUAUUAUCGCCGCUCGACGGAUCUCCGCCGUCUCUCCCGCUCCGUGCAUCGGAGAUAAAAGAUUGUCGAGAUAAUGCUCGGAAAAACAACGUGACUGAAAAAGCUCCGGCGCCGGUGGUGUAUAAGAAGUGGCAACAUCCGGCGGCGCCGUUUUGUUAUAACGAGACGGCGCCGAUGAGGCCGUUUAUGUUUUGUACGGCGGUUUCGGAUAGAUCGUGA